UGGUUUCUUUCCCAUAAUAUUCUGUUUCACAGUAACAUAGUUGUCAUCCCCAUAUUAUAUGAAUCUUAUAAUUUAAAAUUUCUUUUUUUUUUUUGAGUGGUUCCUCCCAUAAUGAAGAAGAUCAUAACAGCUUUUUGUAAAGUGAAUUUACAAAAUUUAGAAUGAAGAUAAGGAGUGACGUGGAACACUUUAUAUAGGCAUACGACGAGAAGGGUCAGAGGAUGCAUGCAUGGAGAAGAAGGGCGAAGAUAGAAUAAGCAGCUCUCACCCCAUAACCUGUUGUAUUCAUAUGAAUGGAAUUAGAAAGCCAAAACAGAGAAGUGCAGAGCAGAACAGAACAGAACAGCAGAAUGCAGAGAUAGUACACACAAUCCCAGAAGUUAGAGUGGACUCAUUCAUCCUUCCAUAGCACCUCCUUUCAAUCCUCUGUCAUGCUGUUUCAAGCACAAUAAUUGGUAUCUUAGGGAAAUUUUAAGAUAAUUUUACAUAACCCUUUAAAAUCUUUAUCCCUCUCUCUGUAUAUAACCCAAAUAUCAGUAUGUUUUCUAACAGUAACAGUAAUUUGUGUGCACUCUGACUAUUAUUCAAAUGUCAGUCACUUAAUAAAACAAAACAAUCAAGAAUGAUGGGUGUAGUUUUCCUACUAUGUCAAGUUAUUUGUACGUUAGACAUAAUUAUUUAAGAAUAUGAAAUACUUUCUUCAUUUAAUCCUUACAAAUAUGUACUAAAAAGGAGUAAAAACAUGCAUCUGAAAAUUGUAGAAAUCUUAAAAUUACUAGUUAUGGUAUAUGAUGGGAGAAAUUCCGAUAAAGGAUAACUGGAGAAAGAGUAAAAUUACUACUUUGGAAAACUGAUACUCUCAUCUUAUCUCCUCUGUUCCCAAGCCCAUGCACCAAACUACUGUCUCUUCACGCUUCCCAACUAUUUCUGAGACCACUUCCUAACUCCUCUCAACUCUUGCAUCAGUUGUUACCUCUUUUUUAAAUACCCCUCUUCCCAGGCCGUUCUCUCCUAUGUUACACUGUUUUAUCAUCAUAAUUUAAUAUAUACAGAUUUUUUAAUAUUAAAUGUACACAAUUUCUGACGUGUAUAUAUUCCCCUUUCAAUUGCUGUGGGUUUCAGUUAUAGAGAUGGAAAAGGUCCGGAAGGUAACUAAUGAUGGAGAAAGCCAAAGAGAAGAUGCCUCCAGGGUUUUUCCCUGCCUAUUCUGUUCAAGAAAGUUUUACAGUUCUCAAGCUCUGGGAGGACACCAAAAUGCUCACAAGAAAGAAAGAACAGCUGCCAGGAAGGCCAAGAGGGAAUCUGUGUACACAAGUGUUUGCUUUCCUUCCCCACUGCCAGGCCCUAUGAUUUUUGCUCCAACCCAUCUAGACAUUUUAAAUACUUCCAUGAUCAUCACUGCCCAUGCAGCAGAACUCUCUUAUCUCCAAAACCAUCAAAUUUCCAAACAAUUUGGAUCAAAUGGUGCACCUAGAUUUGGCAACUCACUGUUCUAUGGGGGAACUAACAGGUUACAUGGUGAAGGGAAGAACUACAAUGUCAGCUGGGGGGACACAUCUCAAUCCAAAUUAUUUAUAAGUAACGAUCAAAAUCUUGGAAUUUGGAAUGACGGUACCGAGAAGGAACAAAAGCUUGAUUUAUCUCUCCAUUUGUAGGCAAUGUAUGGACUAGGAAUGAGAAGAUGCACUUUUCUGAGAGUUUAUGAAUUGCGGGACUAGAUUUUAUGGCCAAUUGUGUUAGUAUUGAUAUGGAAUAAUUGCCUGCAUUUUUCGGAUUAACAUGUGUGUACCUCAAUUCCAAAAUAAAUAUCUUCCUUUUACUUUGGUUAUUAUUGGAUGAAUUGACUAUUAACUAGUGAACUUCAAAAUUAGAGCAUACGAUGAUGAAGAUGAACAUGUUUAUGUAUGUUUAUGUGUUUGAGAGAAAUUUGUAUCCACUGUUUUUCUAGAAGUUAAUCAACAAGGUACGUUUUUUAUGUACUUUAACAAAAAUAUAAUUACAGUUUGCUAACUUAUUCCUACAAACUAAAAGCAUGUAAGUUGACCAGUCCAUAUGCAUCUAACAAAUGUGCAGGAUGAUGCUCUGAAUCUGCAAGAGUACACUCAAUUCAAUGACCUAAAAAUCCCCGAAGGGAAACUAUUAGAAACCGUCAACUGCUCACAGCAUAAAACCACACAACUAGAUUCU